GUAACUAACUCAUACAAAUCAUUUGCGUUAGUUGAAAGUUUAGUUGCCUGAGUGUAACUUUUUUAUAUUUUUAGUUAAGUGCUUGUCUUUGGAGAACAAAUCUGUAAAAAUUAUAGCUAGAGACAGACCCUGAGCUCAAUCUAACAGAGCUAACCAAUCAAAAUGCCUUUGGUAAUGAACACAGCAGAAUGGAACAGGAUCGUCAGCUGGACAGAUAAGGACAAAGAAGAUCCGGAAGUGGUCCGCAAACGAGAAUAUGUACGAUUUCUUGACACAGAAAGCAACAAAAUGACAAAGGAUUGGCCAAAUUCCGUAGAGAAUGUUAACAAACGUAAUGAAGAGCUGCGACAAGCACGUAUUGCGGCAGCGGAACAAGCUAACACCAAAUUCUAUAAGCGAUAUGUCAAGAGAAAGAAGGAGGAACAGCAGAGGCUUAUGUACAGCGCGCGAGAUACCAUUUUCAAAAACAAAGAUGCACCUAAAUUAAUGCUCAGUGCCGUAAUAGAGACGGUAGUACAAAAGGAACGGGCAGAGCAACUAAAAUUCUUAGGAGAAUUACGGCGGCAGGCCGAGGAAGAGAAGCGGCAUGACGAUGAUGAGAUUAUAAGAAAGGCCAAGGAGUGGAACGAUCUUAUGGCUCUAAAGAAAAAACGACGCUUUGACGUAAAUAAACAACAUCAGAAAGAAAUACUUGAUCAAGCUCACGAGAUAACAGAGCGAAAUAGAAAAGAAUAUGAAACUGAACUAGAAAUGCAAAAGAUCGAUAAUAUAAAAGCAGAACAGGAAAUGGAUGCCAUCAAAGAAUUCGAGGAAUUAUGCAAAGCAGAAGAAAAGAAGCGCAUUUGGCACGACAUGGAAAUGUCGCGCAAGGAGGCUGAGCGGCGGGCGCGCGAGGCCCAGGCUCGCGACGAGCUCGACGACAAGCUGAUCGACGUGCUGCAGCGUUCCCGCGCCAGGACUGAGGCCACGAGGAAUGCUACUGAGAAAGAAUUAAAAGCGGAGAAGCUCCGCGUGUUGGAGAAGAUCAGUCAGCGGCUGGAGUCGGGCAGCGCGGACCGCGACGCCCGUGAACAGGCCGUGCUGGAGAAGGCCCGCGACCAGCGGAUCGCCGCCAUGGAUGCCCGGGCGAAGGCGCAAGAGGAAAAGCUGGCUCGGUUCAAACAGGAUCGCAUCGACUCCAGGAAGAAAUUCCUUCAGGACGAGGCGCAGCGGUUGCACGAGCUGCACACCAUGCGUCAGUGGGAGAUGAUGAACAGGUUCAAGAAUGAGGAGCUGUACGAGGAGUUCCAGGAGAAACUGCGGAAGGAGCGAGAGCGCAAGAUCCAGGAGUACCGCGCUGACAUCCUCAAGCUCUGGAAAGAGCGCAGCGAGCGCGACGGGCGCGAGCGCGCGGAGACGCGCACGUUCUACGGCGCGCUGGCGCUGCGCAAGCUGCGCGCCGCCGACAACCAGCUGCUGGCGCACGCCGACCAGCUCAUCGAGGAGGCCAAGGCCAAUCAUAGACCCGUCCGCCCGCUGCUCAGGGCUGUCGAUCGGUACUGCAAGCUGUACCGGCUGUACCCGAUGCCGGAGCUGCCGCAGUCCAUGCGGCCGCACUUCCAGGACCUGUAUGCGCCGUGGGACGGGUCGCGGCCCGACGCUGACUACCGCCAGCCCGCGGCGCCGCCUGCCGACCGCGGGCCCGACGCGCCCGACGACGACGACGCAGCAGAGGACGCCACUGCCAGGAGAGAUGGCAUGCAGACACUCAAACAGGCUGAGCCGUACAAGCCACCGCCGAAAGUGGAGAAGAAAUCUGACGACUACAAGCGACAGGGCAAAGCCAAUGGCAUGCAGAGGAGCAAUAAGCAGCACGACCUGCUGGCGGGCUUCCUGCCGCCCGUCUGCCCGACGCGGGACUGCAGCUGCGAUUUGAAGAAAUGAAACGCUUUCUUACAAAAUUACGUUUAUUUCGCAUCAUCUUCUGAACGUAUAGAGAGCAUUUAUGG